CCGCUCAUGGCCCGGCGUUAAUGCAGGAGGGUGUCCAGACGGCAUCGACGUCGCGUAAUCCUCCUCCGCCGGUUGGACAAGAUGUUGCCCACCCAGCGCAUGCACAAGUACCGGACAUAUUCGCGCAGAAUCUCCUAUCACCGGCCUUUGAUGCACGUAAUCCGUUUGAUAUUUCGAUGUUCGGAGAUAGCGUCGGAGACCUUGGCAACAUGGAUUUCGCAUCUGACUUCAGCGAAUGGUUCAACGACCCCAGCAUAAUUAGUAAUGUGAUAUAGAGUCGCGCUAGGAUGCAUGCGCGGCGCAACGAAGUGUGCUGUUUGUUGUCCCAGAAUGUAUAUUGCACCGCUCUCAGACCUUAGUUGAGAUGCCCGUGGCACAUUAAAUGGUGCUGUAAUCGUUAUUGGAUCGCCCAGCGUCAAGGCAACG